CGUGCCUUCCGACACAGUAGGUGGCGGUGUGGUUGUGGCAUUUGCUUACAAUGUACCUACUAUGCCGACGAAGAAGACUAUUAUGACAGGAUGAACUAUCAGCAAUACUACAAGUAGUGUUAGAUAUUUUCUGUGUGCUUUACAAACAUGAAAUUGUACUGCCUGUCCGGUCAUCCUACAUUGCCCUGCAAUGUGCUCAAAUUUAAAUCUACAACCAUUAUGCUGGAUUGUGGACUGGACACCACCUCUGUCCUCAAUUUCUUGCCUCUUCCGCUUGUCCACAGCCAAAGACUCUCAAAACUUCCUGGUUGGGCAGCAAAAGAUGGAACACUAAAUCUGGAAAAGGAGCUGAAAGAGUGUGCAGGAAGAGUGUUUGUGGACUCACAGCCAGAAUUCUGUCUUCCUGAGAGGGAACUGCUGGAUAUGUCGACGGUCGAUGUCAUCCUUAUCUCCAACUACCACUGUAUGAUGGCUCUACCCUACAUAACCGAAAACACUGGCUUCACUGGCACAGUCUACGCCACAGAGCCCACUCUGCAGAUUGGAAGACUGCUGAUGGAAGAGCUGGUGAACUUCAUGGAGAGGGUUCCCAAAGCUCAGUCUGCCACCUGCUGGAAGAACAAGGAAAUACAAAGGAUGCUUCCUGGACCGCUGAAGGAUGCGGUUGAUGUUUGGACGUGGAAGCGAUGCUACAGUAUGCAGGAAGUCAACUCUGCGCUCAGCAAAGUGCAGCUUGUGGGUUAUUCACAGAAAGUGGAGUUGUUUGGAGCGGUACAAAUCUCCCCCUUGAGCUCUGGAUACUCUUUGGGAAGCUCCAAUUGGAUCAUCCAGUCCCAUCACGAGAAAGUGUCCUACGUUUCAGGGUCAUCUCUGCUCACCACGCAUCCGCAGCCCAUGGACCAAAGCUCCUUGAAGAACAGUGAUGUUCUCAUUCUGACGGGCCUCACACAGAUGCCCACUGCCAACCCGGAUGGCAUGCUGGGGGAAUUCUGCAGCAACCUGGCCAUGACAAUUCGGGCUGGAGGCAACGUGCUGGUGCCAUGCUACUCUUCAGGGGUGAUCUACGACCUGCUGGAGUGUCUGUACCAGUUCAUCGACAGCGCCAACCUGGGCACCACCCCUUUCUACUUCAUCUCACCUGUCGCUAACAGCUCCCUGGAGUUCUCGCAGAUCUUUGCCGAGUGGCUCUGUCACAACAAGCAGUCCAAGGUGUAUCUCCCAGAGCCUCCAUUCCCGCACGCAGAGUUGAUCCAGAGCAACAAGUUGAAGCACUACCCCAGUAUUCACGGCGACUUCAGCAGCGACUUCCGCCAACCAUGCGUGGUGUUCACCGGUCACCCUUCCUUGCGCUUCGGGGACGUGGUCCACUUCAUGGAGCUGUGGGGAAAAUCAAGCCUGAACACUAUCAUCUUCACUGAGCCUGACUUCUCCUACCUGGAUGCUUUGGCUCCAUACCAGCCGCUGGCUAUGAAGUGUGUUUACUGCCCCAUUGACACACGACUCAACUUCCACCAAGUAUCAAAGCUGCUAAAGGAGGUCCAGCCCGUCCACGUGGUGUGUCCCGAGCAGUACACCCAACCGCCAGUGACGCAGUCUCACCGCUCCGACCUGAUGCUGGAGCUGCAGCCGCCGCCCAUGCCCUACAGGCGCUGCUCUGUGCUAAGCCUGCCCUUCAGACGCCGUUACGAGCGUGUUUACAUUCUGCCUGAGCUGGCCAACUCCUUGGUACCUUCUGAGGUCAAACCUGGCAUUUCCGUGGCAACGGUGUCGGCCAUGCUGCACUCCAAAGACAACAAGCACACGCUGUUGUCAGUUCCUAAACCCCCUCCGGCGCCCCCUACCAAGAAGAGGAAGAAGGUGCUGGAGGAGCCCCCAGCAGGGCAGGCGCCCAAACCCCUGCUGAGCGGAGCCGUUCCCCUGGAGGCCUUCCUCGUCACUUUGCAAAAGCACGGCAUCACAGAGGUAAAAGUGGAGGAAACUGCGGACGGACACAUCCUGCACCUGCAGGCGGAGGACACGCUGAUUCAGCUGGAGGAAGACGGGACGCACAUCGUGUGCGACAACAACGAGCCUCUACGCACGACGCUACGAGACCUGGUGCUCCGUUUUCUGCAGAAGCUCUGAUUGGAUGUUUUCUUUUAUUGGACAGAAAUGAGUGGAAGCAGGUUGUGUGUGUGUCACAUUGUACAUUUACAGCAGGUUUACUGUAAAGUGCAGGGAGAGACAUUUUGUAAAAUAGUAUUUUGUAUGAUUAAAGACUCCACUUUGUGA